ACACCCUUCUACUUCCGAUACAAUACAUUACAAGCCCCCUCAUUUUGUGCCUCUCAUUGGCGGAGAGCUGCAAGGUCUUUAAGUAUGAGUCCCCAAUCGUGACGUUGCAACAAGGAAAGGGAUGGAGAAUUGAAGGACACUCAAAUCUGGUACACGUAAUCCCUCUCGAUUCACUCGCGGGCUUUGCCGAAAACUUGUCAUCAGCCCUGGAUCAAUACCCUUCUGGGGACUUGAAGACAUUGGCCACCCUGAAAAUUAAGGAUCUAAACAUAAAAAUCGAGGAACUCACGGCCUCCCACAGGAGGACUAGACGAGCAAUCAGAUGGCUAGGCUCAGCUUGGAAAUGGGUAGCAGGAUCACCGGACGCUGCUGACUGGGACCAGAUCUUACAAUCCCAGGACUCUCUGAUUAGAGAGAAUAACCAACAAUUCACCAUCAAUAAACAAUUCCUGUCCGGCAUUCAAGAAGCAUUCGACAAAAUAAACGAACUUGCAGGAACCCUGAACGCAAUAAACAGGGAUAACGACUCCGAACUAUCCAUCCUGUUGAACAAAAUCUUGCUACUUGAACGGAAGCUGGAUGAGAUCGUGCGAGCAUGCCAACUCGCAAAAGUUGGGGUGAUCAACUCAAACCUAUUGGAUAUAGACGAGUUGGAGGACAUUAUCAACACCACACCAAGCUUGCCUUAUAACAACAUCAUUGAGGCCAUCGAAUUUGCCCAACCCACUAUCUUCGUAAACGGGACCCUACUCCUUUACAACAUAGCGAUGCCACGGGUACUACAACAGGAGUACUCGGUGCAGAUCAUCAGGCCAACCAUAACAAACAAUCAACAAAUCGAUAUUCCUUCAGGAAAGAUACUGGUUGGACCACGAGACACCUACAUGAUAUCCAAGAGCUGCCAGACCAUGGGCAACAUCACCAUUUGUAAGGAGUCAGACCUCACUCACCUGGAUGAAGAGUCUUGCCUGCCAAGACUAAUAAAAGGCGGAACCGCAAAAUGCCACUCGAUAACCAACACGGCAAGCCCCAUCGAGUUGUUAGAAGAUGGUACCUUAUUCACGACCAACUUUAGAGGGAAGUUGACAAACGGCGUUGUAGAAUCGAAACUAAACGGGACCUUUGUUAUUCAAUUCUCCAACGAAUCGGUGACCAUUGGUAACAAAACUUUCAGAAGCCAGACGGUUACAAGGAUGGUGGCUAUACCAUCCACUUUGUCCGAAAUCGUAAACGAAGGACACCGACUAAACGUGGAAUACAUUCACGACUUGCACAUAAACAAUCUACGACGCCUCAACACUCUAACGAAAGGAACCACCAUCACGGCCGGCUGCACCAUCCUCGUAUUUCUCGCCAUCUUCAUAGGUUGGAUUCUGAAGAAGACGCUCCAGAAACCAGAAACAACACCCGAAAUUAAGGGAUCUCCGAGACGUCGAUUUUUAAGGGGGGAGGAGUUAGCACACUCAUCCUCAUGCGAGGCCUCCUCCCAUACAACCAGCGCCCCUGGAACGCCUUGUCCUUCAGUCACCAGACCAUGCCCCACACCUCGGCAUCUGCUAUCACAACAGGACUCGACCGACACUUUCUACCAAACACGUCUGAACGAGCAUCGGGCAAAAUACCCUCUAUCGAUUUAAGCCUUGACCUUACACUCACAUUUCAUGCACUCACAUUUCACACAUGUUAGGGACAUUAACAGACCACACAACACGCGUGCAUCGCGACCCAUACUAGCAAUCUAAGUGACACCAGCCCACUCACAUUUCAUACACUCACACUUCAUACACUCACAUUUCACACACUCACAUGUCACACACCAACGGACCACACACAGCACGCGUGUAUCUUUUAGCCGACUAAGCUACCUACGUCUUCUAUUUCCUGUAAACACACUUAGCCAAGUAAGCGACUUAUGUCCCCUAGUAUUUAUGCGACCCUAGCAAAACGCGACCCUUGUCGUUCACACUAGGCACUUCACUUCCCUUUCUAGUAUAAGCACUUUGAAUAUUGCCGAUAAGCAGAAUUCGCCGGAAGAGGCGACCCACUUCUGACACGAUCCCAACGCCGCUGCCAGCGACACAACGCCGCAGCCAGCGCCCCUUGGGCAUCUUGGAGUAUAUUUAAAGGAUCACGCUCGACAGGGCGGGCAGUCUUAGUUUAGACGUAGAACUAGUUAUGUCAAGUACAACUAAAUAAAAUCUUAUAACGUUGUAAAUCAAGUGUUGUGUUGUGUCUCACUGUAAGAAUCCCGAGUUUCCCAAGUCCAAUCCUUGUAUCUAAGGAAGGAAAUGGAAAAGCUGUCUAAAAGAAUGAACCUCCUGCUACAGUAAUGUGUGUAUAUGUACAUACAUAUAUACAUAUAUAUAUACGGACACGGAUAUGGACAGAAAGACUUUCGGAUUACAAUUGUUCGGCAUUUGCUUGUAUUCAAAUUUCUAUUUAAACUUCUGAGAGAAAUUUUCCCAACAUUUUCUAUGUCAAAAUAGUUGCAACAUCUAUCAUAACAAAUGUUUCAAAACUAAAUUUUCACACAAUAAAUUAUUGUUGUUAACCAUGAAA